AUGGUUAACUGCUUCGUCCCAGACUGUAAACAUCACUCAGAAUCACAUACCUGCACUUUCUUUACUUUCCCAAGCAAGAAGAAGAACUUGGAAGAACAUAAGCGAUGGAUUCGCUUGAUCAGGAGAGAUGACAGACAACCAGGUGCACAUUCACGUGUGUGUAGCUGCCACUUUAGAAAUGGCCAGAAAAGCUUUGGUCCUGAAAUAUUCGAGAGAAAUGCAGACAAGCUAUUUCCCUGCCAAGAUGGACCCCCAAGAAAUAAAAAGAAGAAAAGUAGUCCAUUAAAAGAAAACCAAUUAAACAUCCAGGAAAUUUUGGAGGAAUAUCAGGAGCAGCAGAACAACAACAGUGCAUCAGAUACAUGUGAUACUAAAAUAUCAACAAAUGAAGUGCUAUUAGCAGCAGAAUUGGACAUGGUCAAAAGAGACUUAGAAGAAAAACAACAAUAUCUUAGUUAUAUGAGCACACACUACUCUGUGUCAAACUUAAGUACAGAAGUCAUUAGGAUGGAGACAGGCUUACCAACAGGGGAAGUGUUCAAUAUUGUAGUUAGUUAUGCUGCUAGGUUUAAGGAUUCUAUAGCAUAUUUUUCUGGUUGGAAAGUUGAUUCACUAAGUUUUGAAGACCAGAUUUUCUUGACACUUAUGAAAUUACGUCAAAACUAUACUAACCUCCAUUUAGCCCAGCUUUUUUCCUGCAGUCAUAGUACUAUUUCUAAUAUUAUCAUAACAUUUGUCCAUGUUCUACAUGAGCUACUCUUUAAAGACAUAAUGACAACCAUUCCAUCCAGAGACAAGAACAAGUUAAGCGCACCUUCUUCAUUUUCACAAUUUAUAAGUUGCAGAAUUGUUAUUCACUGCACAGACAUAGAAUGUGCAGCCCCAGGUUUAAUGAGUCAGCAAAGUUUGACAUAUUCAAGUUACAGGGGGAUGAACUCUUUUAAAGUUUUAGUGGGCGUGGCCCCUAAUGGAGUCAUUACUUUUGUUAGUAAUUGUUACCCUGGGUCCAUUUCAGAUAAGGAAAUUGUCAAGCAAUCAGGCUUAAUUAACCACAUGCAAACAGGUGACUUAAUUCUGACAGACAAAGGCUUUUUAAUUCAAGAUUUAGUACCAAAAGGAAUAUAUGUCAAUAUACCACCAUUCUUAGAACAUGGUAAAUUCACAGAAAGUGAAAUUAAAGUAACUAAGUCAAUCGCAAGAUGCAGGAUUCAUGUUGAGCGAGCAAAUGCCAGGCUCAAGGAUUUUAAGAUAUUAACAUUUGUUCCACCAUAUCUCAGGUGUCAUUCAGAUAAGCUAUUUCAACUCUGUGCUGCAUUAGUAAACCUUCAGUUCCCAUUAAUUAAGGAAGGCUGCACAAACUUUGAAUUUGAGUAA